UUCUCAUUGCGUAUUUGUCAGCGAAGUUGUUUGCACGUUCAGUUGCUUUUGAUCUGCACACUUUUUAAAAUUUUUUUAAAAUUUAAUUUUUUGCCAGUGGAAUAUAACAAAAUAAUAUAUAUAUAUAAAUUAAUAUAUAUACAUAUAUAUAUUUCCUAAAUUAAAAUAAUUUUUUUCUGUAAAUAAAUAAAUAAUUUAUAAAAAAAAAAAAAUAUGGCUGAUAUCGAAGUUCAAAAUAAUGAAACUCCAGUUGAAAAGGAAGUUGAAGAAACAGCAGAAUCUCUAAAAAAAGAUAAAGAAGCAGCAGCUGAAAGUAGUGAAGUCGCUGAAAAUGGUAGUGCAGCUGAAGAAAAAGAAAAUGGUGAUGCUGCCGAAGAAAAAGAUGAUGCAGAAGAAGAGCAAUCAAAUGAAGAUAAAGAAGAGGAAGAGGAAACAAAUGGUGAUUCCACAGAUGCUCCAGAAGCAGUAAAAAGAAAAGUGGAAGAAGCUAAAGCUGAUGAAUCUGCAACACCCGAAAAGAAAGCCAAAUUAUCUUCAUCAGAAAAAGAAGAUUCAACAGCUACAACAGAGAAAGAAGUGAAUGGCGCUGAAGCAGAAGUAGCAGCUGCUGAAGCAUAAAUAAUUAAAAAAAAAAAACAAAAAAAAAA